AUGUCACGGCGAUCUUGGGUCAGUCCUGGUGUGGCCUACCUCAUACAUGGCUUGCUUUCCAUCGUCUUUCCGGCAGCUUCUUCCGUCAUUAUCGUAGUACGGCUGGCCUCUCUAGAAGGCUUUCGAGUCUCUCCAUGGCUUAUGUCUGCGAUGGUUUUGAGUGCAGCGCCUCUGGGGUUCGCGGCUUACGUUCUUGCGGAUGGGAGAUUGCAGCAACGAAAGGCCGAUCGACUGGGUGCCAGACUCAUUCCUCGUGUCCAGGGAAAAUGGCCUGGAAAUCUGGACAAGAUUGUGAACACGGUCCUGAGAUCCGAGAACGAAUACCUUGGUACAAUACUCGGGCCGACUAUCAAUUCUCGUUUGCUUUGGGAGGAUAUCAUCCUGACCACGGAGCCGCAACACAUCAAGACCAUUCUCGCGACCGACUUUGAUAACUACGUCAAAGGUGUGCACCAUAGAUGCUCUGCCGACUCCGUCCUUGGAACAGGCGUCUUUAACUCAGAUGGUAAGCUUCACCGCACCAUGACACGACCCUUCUUUACUCAUGAUCGAAUAAGUCACUUUGAGAUCUUUGACCGUCAUGCGGACCACGCUAUCGCUUUGGCGAAGGAACGUUUCCGAAUGGGCGUGGCAAUUGACUUCCAAUUUCUAUUUGGACACUGUAUCGAUACACUUUCCGCUGAACUUCCUUACCCCUGUCACGCGACAGAAUCCACAGACGCCAUUCAAGAAGCCAACACGGCUGCCGCCUUCGCAAAUGCUUUCUCUCAAGCUCAGCAUGUAAUCAAUCGUCGUGUUUCAAUCGGGCAGACCUGGCCACUUGCUGAGAUUCUUGCUGACAGCACUGCGCAACACAUGAAAGUGGUACAUGCAUUUUUAGAUCCGAUCCUCAAAGAGGCUCUGGAGAAGCGUUCAACGACUGCCGAGUUAGACCGAACGGAAUUUGCGGACCAAACCCUUCUGGACCAUCUCGUAAAUGCUACGUCUGAUUUCAAAAUCAUUAAAGAUGAGAUAUUAAAUAUGUUACUGGCCGGAAGAGAUACUACGGCCUCGACACUAACAUCGGCUAUUUAUCUGCUUGCGAUGCAUCCAGAGUUCCUUAUGCGACUCAGAGAGGAAAUCGUCUCGAAGUUUGGGCUAACUCGCAGGCCUACAUAUGAUGAUAUCAAAGAGAUGAAGUACCUCCGGGCAGUCCUAAAUGAAACAAUGCGCCUUUUCCCCGCAGUGGAAAGCGUACAUGACACUACAUGGACAUCUCCCGAACCUGGGAAGAAGCCACUGUUUGUCCCAGGGGGGAUCUCGAUCAGCUAUUCAGUGUUCCUUAUGCACAGGAGAACGGAUCUAUGGGGACCAGAUGCGCUGGAGUUCGAUCCGGAUCGAUGGCUCGACGAGCGCGUGAAUAAAUACCUGAUUCCCAAUCCCUACAUUUUCCUACCAUUUAAUGCAGGACCUAGAAUCUGCUUAGGACAACAAUUUGCCUACAACGAAAUGUCGUUCAUGCUGAUUCGUUUACUGCAAAACUUUUCCGCGAUUACACUGUCACCAGAGCCCGCAAUGUGCCCACCUGCGUGGUGGGCUGGGAAAGACGGUCGGCAGGCAAUUGAGCAAUUCAGGCCGCAAAACCACCUGACACUCUAUGCCAAGGCAAGACUCAAUCUGAUGUGCUAUGCGAUCAUCUCACUAGGCUCUACCUCAUAG